AUGAUUGAUUUAAUUGAAUAAUAUAGAACAGAAGAUAUUCAGCGGUUGUCAUAAUUGUUUAGUAAGCCAAUCACUUAAAGACUGAUGGAAGAUUAUUAUAAACAGAAUGAAAAAGCCAUUGAAUUUUAUUAAGAGUAAAAUAGGUUGUAUGUAAAAAUUGAAGGAAUGCAAGAAUGUGGAGUUCAACCAAAGGAAUUGAUUGAGUUAUAAAUGAGGAAUGAAGAGUUGGAAAGAUAAAAUAGAGAUUUAUACACAGAAGUCUAAGAAACAUCUAAGUAAUUAAGGCACUUGAAAGAAUAGAGCGAAUUAUAAUAAUAAUGCAUAAAGAAUCUAGAGGGGGAAAAAUUGGAAUCAUAAAAUAAGAUUUAAAAACUUGAAGACAUUCUAGAGCAAAAGAAUAAAGAUAUAAGAGAAAUUGUUGAGAGUAGAGAUAAAUUACUUGUAGAUAUCGAAUAAUUAACAAUUGUGAGAAGUUAAUUAGAAGAGAUGAUGUUGAGAGAGAAAAUGAAGAUCCUAGAAUAAUUGAAUGAAAUAAAUGAAUUGAAUGAAAGUGUAUAAAGAUAAAAAAGAGUAUUAGAACAGGAUCAGGAUAGAUUUAACAAAUAAUACAAAGAUAUUUAGACUUAAGGUAAAUUUUAAACUUUAGCUCCUUUGGCAACAGAAUAAUAAUUAGCAAAGAAUGCAUUCUUAGAUGAUAUACCUUAAAUGGUAGUCAGAAGGUUGAAUAAGUUCCACAAUGUAGAAAUUUAUGCUAUUGCUUAAAAUUUAAAUGGAACUUUGAUUGCUACUUGUGGAGGAGAUAGAACAAUUAGAUUAUACGAUCCCUUUAAUUUAACUUAGGUUUCAUAAUAUUAGACAUCUUCUGAUGAAGUUUUUACAAGUGUAGAGUUCUCUCCAUCUUAAGAUUGUAUUUUGGUAUCUUCAACAGAUAAUUCCUGUUAAUUAUUUUAUUUGUAAUAGUGGAAAUAGAAGAUGAGAGGAAGUGGACAUGUGGAUUAGGUCACUUGCUCAACAUUUUUGGGUGGAGACAAAGAUUCCUGUGUUUCAGGAUCUAAAGACAGAUAAAUAAAAUUAUGGAAUAUUAAUAAUUCAUUUUGUACAAGAACUCUGUCAACUGGAAGUCAAGUGUUAUCAAUCAUUAGUGAACAUAAUGUACCUGUUAUUAUUUCAGGACACAGGGAUGGAUCUAUCAGAGGAUAUUCAUUAAAAAGUGAUCCAAAGCCAAUUUUUUAAGAGAAAUCCUUUUUUGAUGAUUCGGUCACUUCUUUGUGCAUAUCGCAAGAUAAUCAUACAUUGUUAUGUUGUUCGAAGGAAGGUUACUAUAUUAAGUCUUAUGAUUUGAGAAUGAAUAAAUUAUUGAAGACUUAUGAACAUGAUAAGUACAUGAAUAGUCAUGAUCAUAACAUGAUCACAUUUGGACCAGAUGAGAAAUAUAUUAUUGCUGGAAAUUCUGAUAGCAGUCUGAUUUCUUGGAAUAUUAAUGGUAGAUUUCACAAGUAGUUAACAAAGGGUUAACAUGAAGGAGUUGUUCUAAGUGUAUCAUUUCAUCCUGUUUCUGGAUAAAUGUAUUCUGCAGAUACUCGUGGGAACUUAGUAAUUUGGAAAUGA